UGUGCCCCUCCCCCACCUCCCCGGGUGGCGUAUCAGUGCUCCGCUGGCUCCCCGAAGCUCCGACUGUCUCCGCCGCCGCCGACCGACCGAACCGCCGCCGCCGCACCGCGCUAGCGUUCAUCUGUUCCCCGGCUGAGAGACUCGAGGCGCCCCGGUUCGCUCCAGUUUGCCCUGCUAUGGUUGAUUACCACGCCGCCAACAGCGCCUCAUCCUCCGGCCAGACCAGCUACAUGGAGCCGGAGAGCGACUGGGACCGAGACCUGCUGCUGGACCCGGCCUGGGAGAAGCAGCAGAGGAAGACGUUCACGGCCUGGUGUAACUCACACCUCCGUAAGGCGGGAACACAAAUCGAGAACAUCGAGGAGGAUUUCAGAGACGGCCUGAAGCUCAUGCUGCUGCUGGAGGUCAUCUCAGGUGAGAGGUUACCCAAGCCUGAGAGAGGGAAGAUGAGAGUGCACAAAAUCAACAACGUCAACAAAGCACUGGACUUCAUCGCCAGCAAAGGAGUCAAACUGGUGUCCAUUGGAGCUGAGGAAAUUGUGGAUGGAAAUGCUAAGAUGACUUUGGGAAUGAUCUGGACCAUCAUCCUCCGCUUCGCCAUCCAGGACAUCUCAGUAGAGGAAACCUCGGCUAAAGAAGGUCUGCUGCUGUGGUGUCAGAGGAAGACCGCUCCUUACAAAAACGUAAACGUGCAGAACUUCCACAUCAGCUGGAAGGAUGGACUCGCCUUCAACGCUCUGAUCCACAGACACCGACCCGAACUCAUCGACUACGACAAACUGCGAAAGGAUGACCCAGUGACCAAUCUGAACAAUGCAUUUGAAGUGGCUGAGAAAUACCUCGACAUCCCCAAAAUGUUGGACGCAGAAGACAUUGUGAACACAGCUCGUCCGGAUGAGAAGGCUAUAAUGACCUAUGUGUCCAGUUUCUAUCACGCCUUCUCUGGAGCUCAGAAGGCUGAGACGGCGGCCAAUAGGAUCUGCAAGGUUCUGGCCGUCAAUCAGGAGAACGAGCAUCUGAUGGAGGACUACGAGAAGCUGGCCAGCGAUCUGCUAGAGUGGAUCCGCAGGACGAUCCCGUGGUUGGAGAACCGAGCACCGGAGAAGACGAUGGCGGAGAUGCAGCAGAAGCUGGAGGAUUUCCGGGAUUACCGUCGCGUCCACAAACCCCCCAAAGUCCAGGAGAAGUGCCAGCUGGAGAUCAACUUCAACACCCUGCAGACCAAGCUCCGCCUCAGCAACCGCCCCGCCUUCAUGCCCUCGGAGGGACGCAUGGUGUCGGACAUAAAUGGGGCGUGGCAUAAGCUGGAGGGGGCGGAGAAGGGUUAUGAGGAGUGGCUGCUGAACGAGAUCCGCCGUCUGGAGAGACUCGACCACCUUGCCGAGAAGUUCCGCCAAAAAGCCACCAUCCACGAGAGCUGGACUGACGGUAAGGAGGCGAUGCUGACGCAGAAGGACUACGAGACGGCGUCUCUGUCGGAGAUCAAAGCUCUGCUGAAGAAACACGAAGCGUUCGAGAGCGACCUCGCCGCCCACCAGGACCGCGUGGAGCAGAUCGCCGCAAUCGCACAGGAGCUGAAUGAACUGGACUACUAUGACUCCCCGAGUGUAAACGCCCGCUGUCAGAAGAUCUGUGAGCAGUGGGACGUCCUGGGAUCUCUCACACAGAGCCGCAGGGAGUCCCUGGAGAGGACGGAGAAACAGCUGGAGUCGAUUGAUGAGUUGUACCUCGAGUACGCCAAGAGGGCGGCGCCUUUCAACAACUGGAUGGAAGGAGCGAUGGAGGACCUGCAGGACAUGUUCAUCGUCCACAACAUCGAGGAGAUCCAGGGUUUGAUCACAGCUCAUGAACAGUUUAAAGCUACUCUUCCCGAGGCCAAUAAGGAGCGCGAGGCCAUUCAGGCCAUCCAGGCCGAGGUCCAGAAGAUUGCCCAGUACAACGGCAUCAAACUGGCAGGAACCAACCCCUACACCACCAUCACCCCCAGCAGCAUCGACAGCAAAUGGGACAAGGUGCAGAAGCUGGUUCCUCAGCGAGACCAGGCGCUGCAGGAGGAGCUCGCCCGCCAGCAGUCCAACGACCACCUCCGGCGCCAAUUCGCCAACCAGGCCAACAUUGUCGGACCCUGGAUCCAGAACAAGAUGGAGGAGAUCGGCAGGAUAUCUAUAGAGAUGAAUGGAACUCUGGAGGAUCAGCUGACCCACCUGCGGCAGUACGAGCAGAGCAUCAUCGACUACAAACCCAACAUCGACCAGCUGGAGGGAAAUCACCAGCUCAUCCAGGAGGCUCUCAUAUUCGACAACAAGUACACCGCCUACACCAUGGAGCACCUGCGCGUGGGCUGGGAGCAGCUCCUCACCACCAUCGCUCGAACCAUCAACGAGAUUGAGAACCAGAUCCUCACCCGCGACGCCAAGGGCAUCAGCCAGGAACAGCUCCACGAGUACCGAACGUCCUUCAACCACUUCGACAAGGAUCACGGCGGCGCGCUGCAGGCCGAGGAGUUUAAGGCGUGUUUGAUCAGCUUGGGGUACGACGUGGAGAACAACAAACAGAAGCGAACGGGCGUCAUGGACUCGGACGAUUUCCGCGCACUGCUCAUUUCCACUGGGACCAACCUGGGCGACGCUGAGUUUGCUCGUAUCAUGGGCAUCGUGGACCCGAACAACAGCGGCGCCGUGACGUUCCAGGCCUUCAUCGACUUCAUGUCCCGCGAAACCACGGAUACCGACACCGCCGACCAGGUCAUCGCCUCCUUCAAGAUCCUGGCUGGAGACAAGAACUACAUCACGGCGGAGGAGUUGCGGCGGGAGCUGCCGCCGGAUCAGGCGGAGUACUGUAUUGGCCGCAUGGCUCCGUACGCCGGUCCGGACGCGGUACCGGGAGCUCUGGACUACAUGUCCUUCUCCACCGCUCUCUACGGAGAGAGCGACCUCUAAGCCCCUCGUCUCUCUCUCUUUCUCUCUCACUCUCUCUCGACCGCACUCUCGCGCUACUCGCCGGCCCCUCCUCCGAUUCGCUGUGCAGGUGGGCGUGGCCAGCUGACCUGAGGGGGGCGCUGUUCGGAGAGGAGGAGGGGAGGAGCCGGAAACGGGACUUUAAAGCACACCUGAAGGGGCGGGGCCAAGAUACGUCUGUGGGUUGGGUGGGAGGGGUAUAAAGUGGGGGCGGGGCUUGUUGGAUUUUUGCAGGUGCAGAAGGUCGUGGGGUCGGCGCAGGAGGAGACGGAGAUACGAGCUCACGCUUCUCUGAGUUUAUUAAUGUUUUUUUUUUUUUUGUUUGUUUUUCUCUUUAAUAGUCCUCAAUGAAAAACUAAUGACGAGUUUAUUCAGUUUCGUUUAGUCUUUGAUUAGUUUGAGAUUUGUCACCAGCAGAAGAAUAAAUAAAAGAAUAUGUUCAAAUUCGAGUCGAUCGAUCUGCUGACGAUCGGAAGAAUCGGAUCAACGGUUCUUAAACGAAUAAAUAAAGAAUGAAAUAAACUCGAGUUAAAUAAAUGAAUAAAUAAAUAAAAGCUGAAAUAGUUUAAAUUAGUGUGGAAGAAGAAGUUGGUGCUUAUAGAAUCUGGGUUUUUCUGUUUGCCUUCUGUUCUGUUUCCUGAAGUUUUCGAAACGACAAAAAACGCGUUAUUGACGUAAUUCACCCUCUGAUCCAGCAGGGGGCGCAGGCUAAUAUAGCAUUCCCGCUAAUCACGCUAGCUCAUUUCGUUCGCCGUUGCCUGGUUGGGAAUGGGGUGGGGGUGGGGGGGGGUUUAAGUGGGUGGGGUUUUUUUUGUUGUUUUUUUUGGGGUGAGUUGUGAUAUUGAUGAUGAUGAUUGAUGAUUAUUGAUGAUUGAUCAGCCGGUAGGUGGACAGGUUUAGUGUCAGUAGAAGGAAAUAAAUAAAUAAGCGUAAAAUAAAGACGUUUAACAGAAGAUUCCCGUUUAGCCAGAGAGCUGGACCUCUGAUCUCCAACCUCAGCUUUUCCCCAUUUUUAUGAUGAUUAUUAUUAUUAUUAUUAUUAUUUCAGCAGUUUCUGAGUGGGUGGGUUUCCGUGCUGUACAUACUCAUUAUUAUUCAGUACGAUUAAAGAAAUUAAAGCGGUUUAAUUGCGAGUCCGCAGGGUUCAGUGUUACGGCUCUCAGAUCAGACUAGCGCUUUAAUCCUGCAGAUUAAUGAAGAUCGAUCGUGUGGAUCAAACGCUCGAACGGUUUGGUUGGAUUUUAGUCUCCUUUUUUUGGGCUCGAUAGGUGGCGCUAUAUUUCUCUAUCUCUCUCUCCAUUUAUAUAUCUAUCUAUCUAUAAGCACAAAACCCGUUUACAGCUUUUAGCUUCAGUUUAAACCUCCCUUUAUUAACCAAUCACGUCCGCUUCACCCGGUAUGAAUUCUCCCGAAUUACAGAUCAAAUUAACAUUAAAAAGAAUAAACAAAAGAAAAAUAAGAAAAGAAAAGAAAGAAGAGCAGAUCUGAGAGCCGAGCGGCUCUUAACCAACAUUCCACUCUGUCUUAAUUAAUUAAUCACUGAGAGAAUUAUCGUUUAUUAAUCUAUGCAAUCAUUUAUAUUCCAACAUCGACCAACAUCGCUUAUAAUCCGCAGAGGAGGAGUCCGACUGAAGCGACGGUGAAGACGGGGUGUGUGUGUGUUAGAGAGUGUGUGUUAGUGUGUGUGUGAGUGUGCGCGAGUGUGUGCGUGCGUGUGUGUGAGUGUGAGAGAUCAGACGCUCGGAGGGGGAGGGGUUAAACACACUCGGACCAAUGGCCUGCUGUUUCCUGUGGCGGGUGGAGAUUUGGAGUGGUGAUGAUUUGUUUUGUACUCUUUAAUAUCAGACCUUAUCUGCUGUACUGAAACUGCUUUCUGUCUCAACAAUGAAAAGUGAGUUUCACAUGCACACAUAAAGUUUCCUUAUAAAACAUCA